AUGGGUGACCCGAACGGAAAUAACGAUUCGGGCUACGUUCAUAGCCAUCCAGAUAUUUCUGUCAUUGAAAGUCCUAGAAGAUUACGAAAUAUUUCCAAGAAGAACGGCUCGACAUUGGAUACCGAAUUAAGAGCGGUGCCGAGGAUGAUAAACUCGGCCAACAGCCCUGUAGCUGUGAAUCGGGCAGCCUCCUCUCCGGCUGCGGGUUCUACAGGCUCCAAAAAAGAGAAAAAAGCCACAGCUGCUGCCAGAUUUACAAUAUACAAGGUUAAUAAAGCAAGUAGAAAGAAGCGAGAGAAAUCGUCGGCGAAAAAGGAAAGAAAAGCUACUAAAACUCUUGCAAUCGUUCUUGGUGUCUUUCUCAUCUGUUGGCUUCCAUUCUUCACAUGCAACAUUCUCAGCGCUAUGUGCAGCAAGCUCAACUUGGACUGUCAGCCUGGCAUGGCAGCUUUCCUUUUAACCACGUGGCUUGGGUAUAUGAAUAGUUUCGUCAAUCCCGUCAUCUACACUAUCUUCAAUCCUGAGUUUAGGAAAGCUUUCAAAAAACUCAUGUUCAUGGGCGCUUAG